AUGAAGCAAAAAAUAGUUAUAAUGUUAUCAAUGGACAAAGAGAAAUGCAGAAACAAAGCCCUCAAAAUUGCUGCUAAUGUCAAAGGUGUGACAUCAGUUUCAUUGGAAGGAGAUGAUAAAGAUAAGCUAUCUGUUACUGGUGAUAAUGUAGACACAGUAUGCUUAGCCAAUCAACUACAGAAGAAAUUCAAAAAUGUCACAAUUCUAAGUGUGGAAGAAGUGAAAAAGAAAACAGAAGAAGAAAAGAAAAAGGAAGAAGAGAAGAAAAAAGCAGAAGAAAAGAAAAAGAUGAUGGAAGCAUGUUGUGCUGUUUUACAUGGUUCUUGCAUCAAGUGUCAUAGCAUGAGUUGUAAUGGUAAGUGUUCAUGCACAAAAUGUUCAAGUCCAAAGUGUGAUGGAGAACUUUGUGUCACUAUUUGCUUUAAGUGUGAAAAUCCAAAGAGUUGUUGUGAGUGUAUGCCAUGUUGCUCUAAUUGUGACCACAAAUAG